GGAAACGCCGUGUUUAUUCAACUUCCUGUCAACCGAUCAUGGCAACUGCAACGACCCCGGUUGUUGGCCAAGAUCAACCGAACAAAACAGCUUCUCCACCGGUCGUGUUUGAUUUGUCUCAGCCUCCGGUCAUCGAGGGAUUUACCCCGCUGCCCAGGGCGAGGGAAGAGAACUUUAAAGACAAAUUCAUCAGGAAAACGAAAGAAAAUCCAUUCGUUCCUAUUGGCUGUUUGGGAACAGCCGGAGCAUUGAUCUAUGGCCUCGGCGCCUUCAGACGGGGCAAGACCCGACAGUCCCAGCUGCUAAUGAGAGCCCGUAUCUUCGCCCAAGGCUUCACGGUCGUUGCUAUUGUAGUGGGUGUGGCUGUGACGGCACUGAAACCCAAGCAGUGAAGAGAACACAGAGACCCUGUUUCACCACACUGACAAACGCCUUAUAUGGUCGAUGGGUGAAAUGUUAUAUGAAUAUGGAGUGAACUGAACAUUAAAUGCCAAUUGUUAGCAUUUUUUAUUUUCUUUAACCUCUUCAGACCUGAAGUUUUCCCACUGAGCAAAAACAAAAUAGCCCAGUGUAAGAUCUCAUAUUAUAGAUCGACGGGUGGCACUAUUUAUGAAAGUGUAUCGAACUGCCACACGCAUUUAAUGCCCAGUAUUUUAUUUAAAGAGCGUCCCAGAAGCCACUGUUGUGGUUAAAGCAUCUGGUUGACAGGCAUAGGACCUGUUUCUCCAUGUUGAUGACCAUUUCUUGAAACAUUACAUUGCUUCUUACCUCAGUUUUCUAUUAUGCAUGUAUGCGGACUAGUCAAGCUGCAGAAUAAUGUAUUCAAAGAUAAUGGUGAUUCAUGAUAUUAUCAAGUCUCCACCUGUAAUAAAUGUCUUAUUUCUUUAUAAAAGUUACAAUGAACGUCUGAAUUCAGAAGUUUUUCAUUGAAUUAAUUUUAUUUAUUGAAUACACAAUAAUUAUUGCAUGGUUUGCAUUGAUGCGCACACAUUUAUUUGGAAUCAGGGUGAGGGCUAAGAGAUCUAUAAAAGGGAGUUUCAUUACUAGAUAGCUUCAAUUAGUCA